AUGGCGCUGGUGCUGAUUUGCGGCCAGCCGUGCAGCGGCAAGUCCACAGUAGCGAGGCAGCUUGUAGCGGCUCUCGAGGCUGCUAUUAACGAGCAGCAGAAUAGCACUCCCGGCGAUAGAAGAUUAAGUGUGGUCCUCCUAGGCGAGGAGCAGCUUCACAUAGGCCGAGACGACGGGUACCAAAAUAUGGUGGCUGAGAAGAAUCUGCGAGGAUCUCUGCGUUCUGAAGUGGAUCGCGCGGUCGGCAAGGAUCGAAUCGUGAUCGUUGAUUCGCUGAACGCCAUCAAGGGCUACCGAUACGAGCUGUGGUGCCUGGCUCGUGCUGCUGCCACCAAAUACUGCGUGGUGAGUGUGAAUGGUGAGUGUGAAUGGUGCAUUGUGACGUGGCGGCAGAGACGGCAAGGGAGUGGAAUGACAGGCGCAGAGAGGGAGGGGAACCCUGCUACGCUCCCCACGUGUGAGUGCGAGAUGAGUUUGUUUGGGAAACUCCCUCUGAUCCUCCUCCCCCCACAUUUCCUUUUCCACCCACUCUUGCCUCUUCCCCCACUCCAUCUCUCUCCCCUCCUCCCCCACUCCAUGUAUCUCCCCUCCCCCACUCCAUACCUCUCCCCUCUUCCAUGCCAUCCCUCUCCCCUCCUCACCAUUCCAUCUCUCUGCCUGCCAUUCAGCUUGGAGGAUCUGCUGGGUCGAUUUGAGAGGCCGGUGGGCCGCAAUCGCUGGGACUCGCCCCUCUUUGAACUUCAUACUGCCACCGAGCAAGCAGCAGAGGAGGCAGAGCGGGUUAUAGGCGAGGUGGUGGCACUGCUGGUGGGAGGAAGCGGAGCAGCGAACGGACAGGGGCGAGCAGGCAGGGCUCUGCAACCUACUGUUGCCACUCAAACAGCUACAGCGUCAGAUGCCAAUGUGCUGUAUGAGAUGGACCGGGCCACAAAGGUGGAGGUUCCCACAUGGGCUGACAUCGUCAAGACAGGAACCUACAAGGAACUUGCGCCCUAUGAUCCCGAUUGGUACUACAUCCGCGCUGCCUCCAUGGCUCGCAAGGUGUACCUGAAGCCUGGCGUUGGAGUCGGUGCCUUCAAGAAGAUCUACGGCGGGCCGAAGAACAACGGGUCGCGGCCGUCGCACUUCUGCAGGAGCAGCGGGUCCAUCGCCCGGCACGUGCUGCAGCAGCUCGAGUCCAUCGGCAUCGUCGAGCAGGACACCAACGGUGGGCGUCGCAUCACCUCCGACGGGCAGCGUGAUCUUGACCGCAUUGCUGGACGGGCUGCUGCUGCCGCUGUGGAAGGUGCUGAGGAGGAAGAGUAA